AUGGCAUCUUCGGGGAAUACAAUUCCUGACCUCGAGCCGUCGGCAUCCGCGAUCAUAUCAAAUCCAGGGAUUGAUACUCCAGAAGCCCAAAACCCCCCAUCUCAAGGGUUUAGAGUCUCUCACCAGUAUUCCGGCGUUGCAGAAGUCGAUACGCCUGCUCUAGUACAAGACGAGGUAGAAGAUAGCCUUCCGCAUCGACAUUCUUUUCUUGAAGAUGAGCGGGCAGAAGAGCGGCUGGAGGCAAGGGCUCAAGCACCAACCCCUCUUACGAGGAAGAAACAAAUCGAUCUUCUCACGACAGUCUGUUGGCUCGUUUUCUUCUCGAUAUGGGGUGCACUCGCGCGUAUCGGUCUAUCAGCCUUGACCACCUAUCCGGGUUCUCCUAUUGCCGGUGUAAUCUGGGCUAACUUUGCUGGUUGUUUUGUUAUGGGAUUUAUGGCUGAAGAAAUCUGUUUCUUCGCUGGCCCACUAGCGCCGAAUGACCAUUCGAAUGGCAACGGAGCAGAAAUGAAACGAACAGUAGAGGAGAAUCACUGGAGCAUUGAUAAAAAGGCUAUUCCUUUAUAUAUCGGGAUCACAACGGGGUUUUGUGGGUCUCUCACAAGUUUUUCAACCUGGAUGCGGGAUUCUUUCUGGGCGAUGUCGAACACUCAUCCAGCCCAUCCAAGAUACAGAGGUUACAAUGUAGAGGCUCUGCUGGCACAGAUAAUCGCGACAGUUGCUUUGUCCGUUGGUGGGUUGAAAGCUGGUGCGCAUUUUGCACUGUUUCUUCGACCGUUCAUACCGACGAUGCCAACUAGCUUCAGGCCACACCUUGAUAUAGUUGGGAUUAUUCUUGGACCCGCUUGCUGGAUCGGUGUCAUUAUAAUGGCAAUAUUUAUUCCAAAGUGGAGAGGCAUUCUGCUUUUUUCAGGUGUAUUCGCCCCUCUUGGAACUCUCCUGAGGUUCCUGGCAUCAAAAAGAUUAAACCCCUUAUUACCAUCAUUUCCUCUGGGAACUUUCAGCGUAAAUGUUAGUGGAUCGAUGAUCGAUGCAGCUUUUAUCUUACUACAAAGUUAUAGCGGUGUUAGUUUUGUUGGUUGCGAGAUAUUGCAGGGACUGGAGGACGGGCUUUGCGGAUGUUUGACAACCGUUAGCACGUGGGUUGUAGAAAUUACAACAUUGAGGCGUAGUCAUGCAUAUCGAUAUGGAGUGACGAGUGUUCUAUGCGGCUUUGCCUCGUUUGUAGUCAUUUUGGGGACAUAUACCUGGGAUCAUGGUUUGGAUCCGAGGAAAUGCUAG